CAGAUGGAAAUGAUCAAUACCAACAUCAGGAGAUGAGAAUUUAGGAACUAUCGUGUUAAUUUACGUUAUAGCUAACUAAUCGAUACAAUUUGUUGUAAACGAAAUGGAAAUUUGAGUAUUGAGUUGCUAUAUUUUCAUAAAAUCGUCUUGUUUCAAGCGUUUGACAAAGAUGCAGGAUCUUCAAUACCUUGACAAUGAAACAUGUUGGCUUGUCAAAGAGCUGAAGUCAAACAUUUCUCAAGAAUCAUACUUUUUACCUCGGGAAACUGGCCUGAAUAUAAUGGAGUCUGCAGCAGAGAAUCACAAUGGAGUCUCUGCAAAAUGCAGAAAUGCCAAAGUUGAAGACUUGUGGAGCCUGACCAGUUUCUUUGGUUUCAGCACCCAGACAUUUGUUCUGGCUGUCAAUCUACUGGAUAGGUUCUUAGCCAUUAUGAAGGUCCAACCUAAGCAUCUGCCUUGCAUUGGAGUCUCCUGCCUCCAUAUUGCUGCCAAAAUGGUUGAGGAUGAGUGUAACAUCUCACCCACCCAUGAACUCAUCCGCAUCAGCCAAAGCAAGUUCACUGUUUCUGACCUCAGCCGCAUGGAGAAGAUCAUCUCUGGAAAACUCAAUUUGGAGCUCAAAGCCGUCACAGCCUUAACCUUUUUACACUUAUACCAUGCUGUCAUCGUAUCACUAACAUCAGAAAGGGAGGAGAUCCCAAGCAUUGGGAGACUGGAAGCCCAGCUUAAAGCCUGCUUAUGUCGGCUUGUUUUCUCUAAAGCAAAACCAUCGGUGCUGGCACUGUCUGUCAUUUGUCAGGAGUUUGAAGCCCUCCAGUCUCUUGCCAUGUUGGAAAUUGUCCAAGAAGUCCAAAGGCACCUAAAGAUUGUUGACAGUGAGUUACUCUACUGGAGGGGACUUGUGGCCAAAUGCAUGACCGAGUACAGCUCAAGUGAAUGUAACAAACCAGACAACAAAAAACUGGUGUGGAUCGUGUCCAGACGAACCGCCCAAAAUUUGCACGCUAAUAACUUCAGUGUCCCUGAACUGCCGACCAUUCCAGAGGGCAGCUGGGGUGAAAGUGAGAGUGAGGAUUCCUGUGAGGACAUGAGCUGUGAAGAGGACAGCCCGUGCAGCUCUCCUGGCAGCGACGAAAAGGGACCCUUCUUCCCCGUAGAGUUUCGCAACCAGGGCAGAAAAUGAUAGUCCCUCUUUUUGAUGAGCUCAAACUUGUGAUUGAGAUUAUGUGUAACCAGGGUGCUAACUGUAACUUUCCCUAAAUUUAAUGUUCCCCUUCCUUGUAGUCAUGAUUCAGAACAAAAUUGUUUCUUUCACUUAGCAUACUGUAUGUGUGACAGACUGGUAUCAAACUCGGGUUGCCUGCGAGCCUGGUUAGCCCUCUCCACUAAAGCCUAGGUGUGGACAUAAGUCUUCCUGUCUAAAGCUAGGUUACUGAUCACGGGAGAGUAGUCCAACAAACCACCUCUGCUACAUACAUAUGUAUUCUGGAAAUACUGAACAACAGGCCCUAUCAAGUGCCUGUGUUAGUCCAUGUGCUGUUUUUAAACUUUUGUUCUGAUUUUUAGAUCUGAGUGAGAUUUAAAUUGCAAUAUGUUGGCAGCUGACUGGCAAUAAGAUCUUUGAAAGCCUUUUUAGAUGUUGCUGGUGUCAAUCUAUGUCCAAAUUUGACACAUUCCAGGUGACAUUAAGCACAACGGUGAAGUUAUUUUCUUCCUAGGAUGUCAAACCUGUGCACUGACUGUUUAAAUCAAUGGGAAAUACCCAACAUAUUGGUACAUUUGUGCAAAAAUGUACCUGUUUUAUAGAAUAAUAUUCAUGUAAAGGUUUCCUAUACACCACGUUAUUGUAAUGUGUUUGUAAGAUUAUGCAGGAUGAUACUGUAUUCUAUGAAUGGUGACUUGUAUGUAAAUGUGAUUGUGUUAGAGAAUGAUGGUGAUUGUUGUCUAUUGAGAUUCAGUACAUGUGCAAAAUAUUUAUAUUUUAACAAAUAACAAUGUACAUAAAAUGAAGAAAGUUGUAUCAUGCUUUGUAAAUAGGCCAUCUUAUGUUACUGUAUAUCAACAUAUUGUUAGAAAUGAACCACAAACCAAGAACCCUACAGAUAAAAUAGUAUUUUUAAA